AAGAGCCGGCCUCUGGGGUCUCCGCUGCCCCUUGGGGUCCGCUCCGGGCGGCGCCUGCCCCGCGCCCUUUGUGUGCGCGCCGCAAACCACUCGGCAGAGCUCUACUUCUGGCGGCUCAGCCUUCGGCGGAGAAGCGAGUGAAAGGAGACCCGCGGGACAAUCAGAGGACUAGAAGGGGGGAAAAGACGACCCACUCACUUUGGGAAGGUUCUGUCAUGUUGCCUUUGGGCUUCCCGUGGUCUCGUCCCUAACCCCGGCUUCCCCGCCCAGCCAGGGCCAAGGCAAGGGGGGACGGGGGAGGAGCGGAGCCACCGAGACCGACUUGGAAAUGGUGCUUCCGGAGCUGCAGGGAAGGGGCUCAGAAACUGUUUGGGUUUUGCUGAUUGGGUUUAGGAGAAUCAGGGGGCUAGAGAGGGGCCAGGGGAAGGCCAGUGAGUACGCAGAUAUGAAAAUAAUCAUGUUCCCGGGGAAUACCAAGGGAGACAGGGCUGAGGGUGGAAGGCCGGCAAGUACAGUUUUGUAUUUGAACUUUGUGAGCAAGUUGUAUCAUAUCCGACGCUUGAGUUUUUCGACUGUGCUCGCUUAGAGUUGAGGUUUCUACUUCGUAACAGGACCGAGGACCUACUCCAAAAAGCAAAGGGCCUGGGAACGGGUGAAAGAAGGGCAAAAUCCGAUAGGGAGAAAAAUCAGCUCCGGGUCACACUCCAUGCCCCGGCCGGGUCUUCCGUGGGUCCUCCUCUUACCUGGUGGCUUUUCUAACAAAGUAAGAGAAGGUAAAGUCCCAGUGAUCGUCCAGCCAUGCUUCGACAGAGUCCUGAUCCCUCUGCUGCUGCUUCUGCGGCUGGGGCUGCUGCUGCUGUCGCUGCCGCCUGAAGCUGGGGCCGGCCGGCUCCAUAGUUGGCGCCGCACGCCUCGGCGGCUCUCUGAUGCUGCUUUUCCACCCCAGCUGGGGUCCCUCCCUCGGAAGAACAGGACCAAGCCUCGAGACCCUCCCCCUUCGUCCGGCUCUAGUAGGGCCGGCUUUAGGCAAAGCGGCCCGAGCGCCAGGCCAGCCUCCUGCCCCGCCCCUCCUCGCGCGGUCCUCAGGAUGUCCAGGUGUGGUGGGCGGGGCCGGCGCAGCUGCUGCGCCCCUCUCUAGGGUGCCGCAGUGUUCGGCUCUCGCAGGCUCCGGAGACCCCUGGUUCCGAGGUGGCGGCGGCGGCGGCUCCCGGAGAGCUCUCCGGAAACCAAGUGGCUGCGGCUGGAAGGAGGCCACGCGGCCGCUGGGGUGCGCUGUGAGCCGAGCCGGCUUCUGGGGAGCGCGCUAGGUGACUGGGUGUGUUCUCAGACUGCCCGCGUAGGGAGGGAAGGUCGCGAUGUGGGAAAUUUUGCUCUAAAGCGAGACGUGGUGCGACCCUGGGCGCUUUUCCUGGGGCCUGAGAGUACAAUGACCGUCCCUCCUCGCUUUUCCCCAGCCUUACGCUUGGGUCAGGGAGGAACCGGGACCGACCUCCUUCGGAGCCCAGCCCUCGCAGGACUUAAAGCGCUCCAACCACUGACCACCGCGGGGUGGAGAGAGCUGCGGCGUGUGCCAGCAAGACAGAUUUGCAGGUGUAGGUGGGUAACUUGCAACAAAGCCAUGCCAGUGCUUAAUGUUAAUGGUAACAGCCAUAAUUAUAAAUUGAGUGCCUUUAACCAUUGCCUCAAAGUUCCCUUUUGCCUAAUUGGAAAAAGAUUUUCUUGGAGAAGAAAAGGCAAACAAAUAAUUUCCAAUGCUUUGUGCAUGAAGUUAGAAAACAAGGGCACCUCUAUACAAUUAGGUUAAUCCGAGAGCACUGGCACAACCCAGGUGCAGUCGAGGGAAACCAGUUAACCCAAUUUUCAAUUAAUGCAUCAUUUUAAUUAAAUUGGAAUUAACACUCCCUUAAAAGUAUCCCUUAAAAAUGGCUCAGCCAAUUUUGUCCAAUCCCUAUCUUGCUUCUUUAAAAAAGGAGUUGGUGUCAUCCUUUGCUUUGUCUGCAUCCCCAUCUUCCUGUCACGCAUUUACAGUUUUAAUAUGGCAUUUUGCAAUAACCUAUAUUUUUAGGUAGAAUUAAAUCUGGAAUUAUGGGCUACACAAUUUGUGAAUGACACCAUUAGCAGUGAUACACACACACACACAAAAAUGACUUUGAUAUACUUUUAACAAACUCCCUUCAAAAUACUCUUGGCAAGAAUGUAAGGCGUUAUUCAGUACAUAGUGACACAUCGUUAAAUCGAUAAUCUGAGAACUUUUAAAAGUAUCUUUUAGUCCCCCAAUGCAAUGGUUUAUCUUUCCUUCAUUGAAUAAUUGACCUUUUGCAACGUCGGUUUUUCUGAAACUUUACUGCUCUACGCAGGUAACCACAACCAAAGAAAAGCAAGCAAAGCAGUAGAGUGUGAACCAAUAUGUGAUAAAUUAUAUCGGAUUUAAAAAUGAGAAUUCUCUCCUAAUGUGUUACUAUGAUAGUGAUUAUACUGCUCAUGGAAUACAGUCAUGCGUCACUGAACAGCAGGAUACAUUCUAAGAAAUGCAUCCUUAGGCAAUUUCAUCCUCCUUUGAACAUCACAGUGUCCUAACACAAAAUAGAUGGCUCAGCCUACCACACACCUAGGCUAUGUGGUAAACGUAUUCCUCCUAGGCCACAAACCUAUACAGCAUAUAACUGUACUGAAUACUGUAGGCAGUUGUAAUGCAAUGAUAUUUGUGUGUCUAAACAUA